AUGAGCGAGCCCAUGGACGUCGACGAGCCUUCCACAUCCGUGGCCCCGACCCAGGCCAAACCCUUCAACGCCAUGUCCGCUCUCAUGGCUGGAGCCAGGGCUAAGGGGAAGGAGAAAGCGGUGACGCCGGUGAACGACAAGGAGGGUCUGCCCUGGAUCUACGGAGCGUCGUACAAGAAGCACAUCCUCGAGCUGAACGCGUCCGACGACCGCGGUAUUGACGUCGUGCGAGACCAGAUCAAGAGCUUCGCCGCAACGAAGGUGCUCUUCAGCAAGGGCUUCAAGCUGAUCAUUCUCGAUGAGGCGGACAUGAUGACGCAGGCUGCGCAAGGAGCUCUGAGGCGAGCUGACCGCAGCGUCAACCUCACGUCAGACGGACGCGGGGCUCUGUUGAAGCUGUCGCGCGGAGACAUGCGCCGUGCACUGAACGUGCUGCAGGCGUGUCAUGCGGCUUACGACAUCGUGGACGAGGCUGCUGUGUACACGUGCACGGGCAACCCUCAGCCAGCAGACAUCCAGAAGGUUGUGCAGAUGGUACCAAAGCUAACGACAGUCAUCACAUCUUUGAAGGCGGAGAAGGGCCUUGCGCUGCAGGACCUGAUUACGGGCGCGUACGACUUCCUCGAGACGGUCAAGCUGCCGGCGAAUGCGCGCAUCUACCUGCUCGACCACCUGGGACAGACGGAACAGCGCCUCGCGCUCGGCGGAUCGGAGAAGAUGCAGCUGACGGCGCUGCUGGGCGCGUUCAAGGUCGCGGUCGAGCUGAGCCAAAAGAAGUGA